AUGUCCGAUCACUACCGCCGUGCUCUGGAUGUCCAGAACCGUGGCUUCGGCGGGUACAACACCGGCUUUGCUCGGGAGCUGUUCGACAGUAUCUUCGCGAAGAAGGAGCAGGCUGCGAACGUUCCACAGGUGCGAUUGGUUACUAUCUGGUUUGGCACAAAUGACGCCUGCCUCCCCCACAAUCCGAUGGGCCAACACACCCCUCUCCCGCUCUUCCGACAAAACCUCGAAUUCUUCCUCGAAUCCCUGACGUCCUCCUCCAGCCCCUACGCCGCCGCUCACUCGCCGCUCUCGAUCGUCCUCAUCACCCCGGCACCUAUGUGCGAGUCGCUCCUCCCGCCCGUCCUGGCCGAGGCCCGCGAGGCGGAGGUGACGAAGCAGUAUGUUGAUGUGGUCAAUGAGCUGGCAAAGGAGUGGCGGGCGAAGGGGGAGAAGGAGGGUGGGAAGUGGAGAGUCGAGGGUGUGGACAUGUGGAAGGCGGUGCUGGAUGAUGCGGCGGGUGAUGAGGAGAAGAUGAAGGGGUACUUCACUGACGGCCUUCACCUCAGCACUGCCGGCUACGCUAUCUUCUGGAAGGAGUACACCAGGCUCGUGAAAGGUCCUCUCAAGAACCGCGGUCUGGACUGGGAUGACCUGGUAGACUGCCCUCCCCGCUCGGCCUUAUGGGAUGAUCUGGACCACAAGCGCCCCGAAAGCGUUGGAGAGAACAUGAAGCAGUCGCCCUUCCGCUCUACUUAA